CCAGAAAACUUGGGCUCUAUGUCAAGUGGUUCUGUCAUCAAUGAUGACUCUACAAAAUGAGAAUGCUGACCAAGAACAUGAACCCUAUGCACCCCACUGUGUUAUCAUAGUGAAAGGAAUCCAGGGUUUUGGAUUUAAUGUCAGAGGUCAAAUUGAUGAAGGUGGUCAGUUAAAAUCUAUUAAUGGCAGCUUGUACCCUCCUUUGCAACACAUCAGCAAUGUUAUUCCUGGGGGCCCAGCUGACGCAGCAGGAGUUCUCAUGGGUGACAGAAUUCUGGAGGUGAAUGGGAUCAAUGUGGAAGGGGAAUCUCACUCCAAAGUUAUUGAAUUGAUAAAAUCUAACCCAGAGAAAUUGAGGAUGUCACUUAUGAGCGUACCCCCUAAAGAGAAUGAGCGUCUUGAUGGAGAGUCAGUAUCAUAUUGUAGUGAGGACGAGUUUGAACUCCAUAAAGUUGAUGUGACCAUUCCAAGUAUGUCCCAAAAGGACGAAAAUGGAAAAAUUGUUGUUUACUAUAAUGUGUACAUUGAUGGCAAAUUUCUAUGCUCUCACAGGUACAAAAACUUUCAUGAUCUGCAAGUUGAUCUGAAAAACAAGUUCUUUCAGUUUGACUUUCCAAAAUUUCCGGGAAAAUGGCCAUUUCAAUUGAGUCAAACACAGCUAGAAAAAAGACACAAAGAACUUGAACAGUGGCUCAUUCAAGUUUGUUCGGUGGCUCAAUUGUUUAACCAUUUUUAUAUUCAAGAUUUCCUUGGGCUUGUUAACAAUGACAAAAACAACGAAAAGGCAGACAUUUCAUCCGUUGGAUCUAAAAGUGAACCAGAUAAUGCUGAUAUCAAAGUUCUCCUGCCUGAUCGAAGCUCAAUCUGUGUAAAUAUUCCUACUGAGUCUUAUGUAAAGCAGCUCAUAGAAGCUAUCUGUGAUAAGAUAAACAUUUCACAUGAAAACUCACAGUACUUCUCUGUUUUCAAAUCAAGUGAUGCAGAUGUCUUUGAGGUUCCCCUUUCUUUGAGUGAAAAGCCUCUUGAAUUACAUGUACAAAACUAUAAUGAGUCAGGAACACUGAAGUUCACAUUUAAAAAGUUUAUUUUCUCGAGCAAAGAUGAAAACGAAAUCGCUGAGGACCCAGCCUGCUUGAACAUCUUAUACCAACAAGCUGUAGAUGAUCUGAUCAAUAAAACGUUUGAUACAACAGGAAAGGAGAUAGAGCUUAAGCGCACUCAGCAUAUCUCUACUCAGCGAGAGUUUUUGGAAGUGGUCCAGUCAUGUCCUGGUUACAACACAGUCUCAUUCCCUCACUGUGCGUGUGACAGUCGUAAAGAUGGACAUGUUAUUUUGUCAAUUUCCUUUCAAAAGAUUUCAAUACAAGCCUGCCUUUUGACGGGGGAGAAACAAGAUCAGAUCAAAAACUUCACUUGGGCUACAGUCAGUGAUUACGGCUCUGAUGGAGAAAUUUUCCAUUUUACGAUCUCCAAAAGCAACUCAGAGAGGAAAAUAUCCUUGACGACUCCGUUUGCUGAUUUUAUGUCACAGAGUUUUGAUCGAAUCACUGCAAGCAGGGACAGUGUUACUUCAACUUAAAAAAUAAUUAUUAGCAUUGUAGGUAGCAGUAGAAUAUUCAAUAAUGAAUACUCGGAUUGUAAAAUUACCAUUUUAUAGAUAUUUUGAACAUGUGUUAAAAAUGCAAUACGUAAUGAUUGAUCAGGUUGCAAAUUUGGUUGUUUAAUUUCUGCAAAAUUCUUUUUUUAAACGGCAAAAUUAAAUUGUUUUGGAUUAGUUGAGUUAGUAUUUAGUGGGCAGCUAGCUAUUGAGAUAAUUGUUUUCUAAAUUGAAGAUGUUAGAUUUUUUCUCCUGAUCUGAAAUCAAGAAUGAAUUAGUAAUAGUAUGCUUACUUAUUUAUAUUGUAAAUCUAGUGAAUAUAGAUAUUAUAACGGAUCUUUAAGUUUUCUAGUGCAGGACACGUUGAGCUCAAAUAACAGGUGAUGGACUUCACUUGCUGUAGUUUCAAAUUUCAAUUGUAAUCUUUGGUGUGUAAAACUCAUUCAUUUCUGUUCAGAUAGAAAAUUUUUGUGAACAUUUCAUUUUCUAUGUAUCUUACGAGAUGUUAAACGACGUUAUGAAUCUUCAAUAUUGGAUUUUUGUAUACGAAAUUCGACUCAAUACAUUCUUAUAA